AUGCAAUCAUCAAUAAAGGAAUCACGUUGUCCUUGCCUGACACACAUUUUGCAUUAUAUUCCAGGUAACAUAUGUUUAAUCGAUACAGUAUCCCGCGGUGCAGCGUUCCGUUCAAAACGACAAACAUACAGUUAUAAUGAAUCACUAAAGCAAUAUGCAAGAGUGCAUCCAAAGACAAAGAUUAUAACCGGUACGGUUGGACGAUACGCACCGCAUGAAUGGCCUGACUGGUACACACGCACUUUAUUUAAAUGGAAUGGAGAAUUUCGUAUGGGACCAUAUCAUCCAAACGAUGCACUCUAUGAAAAAUAUCAACGUUCUAAAAUUCAAGGCCUGGAUUCAAGCAAGCUACGACGAUUGUAA